AUGUCAUCUGCAGUUCAAUUUUACUCGGCAGAACUGUUCACGGUACCUAAGAAGAAGAAGUUACCUGAAGAUACUCUUGUUUCAAUAGUAAAGUCAUCUCUCUCUCAUGUCACUGUGAAGUACAACAAUCUUUAUACCUGCGGUACACCACGGACAGCGACGAUCAUACAAACCGACACUUGCCGGCUGGGGCCUACAUACCGUGCGCCACCGGCGAACAAUUUCCAGAUGAGUAGAUCACUGGCUGCCGUUCUAUUACUGUUUGUGGCCACGACGACGUCGUUCGCCGCGUUGGAUGAUUCGACCCUGUCCGAGGGCAGAUUCGACCCCGCCACAAAUGCAACCAGCAUCGAGUCCAAUGGGAAUAAGACUGCUCAGAAGGAGGAUACAUUCGCUGACAUGAUCGAUCGCGCGCUUGAGAAAGAGUUCACGGAGAACGAGGAUCAAAAUGAAGCGAAUGAUGCUGGUAGUUUCAACAAUAGUGUUGCUGAGCAGCAGGCUGUAUUGGAAACUGUAGCUAGAGUCAAGUCUAAGAAAAAUGAGACAAAGGAGGAAAAAUCCUUUAAAUUUCACCAAGUUUUCAAUCUGAACAAUGACAAUGGAGCCGAAGAGAUUCCAACAUUAAUUGAUCGAAAGGAUAAUGUGUUUAUCAUAUCAAAUUUUAAAUCUAAAUACCCAGUGCUGCAGUUGGACUUGAGGCUCAUAUCGGAUCUGGUUGUUGUCAUUGUCUCUGCAACAUGUGGUGGGAUUGCUUUUGCUUGUGCUGGACAACCGGUUAUUACCGGAUACUUACUAGCGGGAUCAGUUGUAGGACCUGGUGGUUUCAAUGUUAUCAGUGAAAUGGUGCAAGUUGAAACAGUUGCUCAGUUUGGUGUGAUUUUUCUUCUUUUUGCUCUGGGCCUGGAAUUCUCCACAACAAAGCUUAGAGUUGUUCGUGCAGUUGCUAUUCUUGGAGGGUUACUCCAAAUUCUCCUUUUCAUGUGCCUGUGUGGAAUUAUAGCUUCGUUAUGUGGUGGUAGAUGUUCUGAGGGUGUAUUUGUCGGUGCCUUUCUCUCGAUGUCCUCUACAGCAGUGAAGUUUGCCCUUAUUCAUCAUGACUUAUUGAAGGUAUACAAGUUUCUGAUGGAGAAGAACAGUACUAAUGCUCUUCAUGGUCAAGUGACUAUCGGCACUCUGAUUUUACAGGACUGUGCUGUGGGGCUAUUGUUUGCUAUGCUUCCAGUUCUGGGUGGAACUUCUGGUAUUAUGCAAGGCGUAAUUUCUAUGACUAAAUCGAUAUAUAGAAUGCAUGCUCUGAUUAGUUCAUCGCCCAGGUUGGUGGUGUUGAUUGCUUUCUUGGCAGUUUUGACGAUAUUGUCACGGACUUGUGUACCCUGGUUUCUAAAACUAAUGAUAAGUUUGUCAUCCCAGACUAAUGAGCUUUAUCAAUUGGCUUCAGUGGCAUUUUGCCUACUCGUGGCCUGGCCUGUAUGGUUUCAGUGUAGUGACAAGCUUGGUCUGAGUUUAGAGUUGGGUUCGUUUGCUGCUGGAGUUAUGAUAGCAACGACUGAUCUUGCUCAACACACUCUCGAACAAGUUGAACCUAUUCGGAACAUGUUUGCAGCUCUCUUUUUGGCUAGCAUUGGGAUGCUAAUCCAUGUUCAUUUUCUGUGGAACCAUGUUGAUAUCUUGUUUGCAUCAGUUAUAUUAGUGGUCGUUGUUAAGACUCUAGUAAUUUCUGGAGUUGUCAAGGGAUUCGGCUACAACAGUAAAACCGCAGUUCUUGUUGGGAUGUCUUUGGCACAAAUAGGCGAAUUUGCCUUUGUACUGCUUAGUCGUGCCUCAAAUCUUCAUCUUGUUGAGGGGAAAGUGUACCUGCUGCUUCUUGGAACGACAGCUCUCAGUCUGGAAUGGUACUCUGAGGAGAGGAUUAUUUUUAAACUAAACGGGGAAUAUCUUAAUGGGUAUGGAAUAUUUACAUUCAAAGUCCUACAGGUAACCACCCCAUUGCUUUUCAAGUUAAUACCAGCAGUUAUGCACCUUGGCAUAUUAUUACGCUGGUUCUCAUCUGAAAGUCCAAAUGAGAUUGGAUUUAAAGGAGACAAUCUCAGAUCGGACAGUACUAAGCAGAGAAUUGCUUUGAUAUCCAAGGAUCUUUUGAUACACGAAGGAUGAUGAUUAAAUUUAGUUGUAACGAUUCCACUUAUUUUACCUUGGUAAAAAAGAGAACUUUUACCUCAUGCUGAGAUUAAGACUAAUGAUGGCCCGAUUGAGAUUGUCGGUUCCCUGCUCGCCUCGUAGCCAAGUCCAUCUGAUCGUGAAAUGUUCUCUAUUAGUUUCUGUCAACCAAAUUAGUGAAAGACAAGGUGAUACGAGCAUCGAAAUCAGACUCUCAAGGAAGUAAUCUAACUGAUAGAAGAACGACUAACAAUUGCAGCACUGUUCUUUUCUACCUUUUUUCCCCAUUUUUGGUCCUGAAAUGUAAUAUAAUUUAUUUAUUUUUAGUCACAUUUUGUUUUGUUUGUUAUCCCUUCUUUUAUUUNUUGUAUCUUCAUUGUAAAGCUUUCAUCUGCAUUGCUCCAUUGACCGGAAUAAGACAUUAUGCUGUACAUAAUGCUUG